CACUGCGAGAGCGAGCGUGUGAGUAGAUCGACGACGACGACAGACAUGGCGAUGAGGAAGGAGGAAGUGGUGGCCGUGAUGCUAAUGCUGGUGGUGCUGGCCCCAGGCAAGGCGCGCGCGGCGUGCGAGGUGACGCAGCUGGCGAUGUGCGCGUCGGCGAUCCUGGGCGGGACGAAGCCGAGCGGGGAGUGCUGCGGCAACCUCCGGGCGCAGCAGGGGUGCUUCUGUCAGUACGUCAAGGACCCCAACUACGGGCACUACGUCAACAGCCCCCACGCCCGCGAGACACUCCAGACCUGCGGCAUCGCCCUCCCGCACUGCUAGGCCACCUAGCCGGCCGAGUGUACUCAGCUAGGCUAGUUACUCUAGCUGAGUUAGUUCUGUGGUACGCAAGUGUGUUGGUAUGAUCGAAUAAAACGAUGGUGAUCUACGGCGCCAGGCUGCUGGACGCGUCCGACUGCAUCUUGGAGCAGCGCCGGACGGCCCCUCAUAUGUCCUGCCGGACAGGCACUCUCCUCGUAUGGCAAAAUGAAAUUCAAUGUCCUAGACACGGCUGGAUAACGUGAUAAAUCACUCGCCA